CAAUAGAAAUGUAAGAUAACAUAUAGUUAUUAAAAAUGUAAUUUCCCCAAUUUUGAGCAAAAAGUGAUGAUUAGAGAUACUAUAUAAAGAAACUUAAGACAUAAAAACAGAGUAGUUUUAAAUCUCUUUAGUUUCUUAAAAGUUCGAUCGAAAUUUAUAUGAUAGAAGUUAACGAUUAUAUUUAGGGAAUAUUAUAGAAUACCAUAUGAUAUUUGAAUAUUAAUAUAAAAACUCAACGAUAUUUUUGUUGCAAACAAAUAAAGCAUAUAAAAAUGGCACGAAAAGGAAAGAAAAAACAAAAUGUGCAAAAUCAUCCACAUUCAUCUAUUUCACAACAACAAAGUAACCCAGACCAACAACAAAAUCCAAGUGGUUCACAACAAGUACAUAGUCAACAGCAGCAAUCGGAUAUUUCACAGAAACAUGCAUGUCCAAAACAACAAUCAGAUAGUCCUCAACAACAAGGACAGACAUAUGAUCAACAACAACAACAUAGUUCAUCGCAACAAUCACAUAGUCAAAAGCAACAGUCAAAUAGUCCUCAGCAACAAGCAUGGAAACUUAAUCAACAACAACAACAAAGUUCACCGCAACAACCACAUAGUCAAAGGCAACAGUUGGAUAGUCCUCAGCAACAAGCAUGGAGACUUAAUCAGCAACAACAACAAAGUUCACCGCAACAACCACAUAGUCAAAGACAACAAUCGAAUAGUCCUCAGCAACAAGUACGGAGACCUAAUCAGCAACAACAAUAUAGUUCACCGCAACAAUCACAUAGUCAAAGGCAACAGUCCAAUAGUCCUCAGCAACAAGCAUGGAAACUUAAUCAACAACAACAACAAAGUUCACCGCAACAACCACAUAGUCAAAGGCAACAGUCUAAUAGUCCUCAGCAACAAGCAUGGAGACUUAAUCAACAACAACAACAAAGUUCACCGCAACAACCACAUAGUCAAAGGCAACAGUUGAAUAGUCCUCAACAACAAGCAUGGAGACUUAAUCAGCAACAACAACAACAAAGUUCACCGCAACAACCACAUAGUCAAAGACAACAAUCGAAUAGUCCUCAGCAACAAGUACGGAGACCUAAUCAGCAACAACAAUAUAGUUCACCGCAACAAUCACAUAGUCAAAGGCAACAGUCCAAUAGUCCUCAGCAACAAGCAUGGAAACCUAAUCAACAACAACAACAAAGUUCACCGCAACAACCACAUUGUCAAAGACAACAGUCGAAUAGUCCUCAGCAACAAGUAUGGAGACCUAAUCAACAACAACAACAACAUAAUUCACCACAACAAGAAACUGCUGUUGUUUUAAAAAAAAAUGAUUCAUUGACACAAAAUAUGCAAGAUAUGUAUUUGGAUCAAAUACCAAAACGAACUAAUCAAAUAAAUAAAAUAGAUAGAAAUAUUAUCGUAGAAACAAAUAUGCUUAAACUUAUUUUUACACAAAAUUUUCAAACAAAUAUUAUACAUUAUGAUGUAAUCAUAACACCAGAUAAACCAAAAUUUUUAUUAAGAACUGUUUUUGAAGAAUUUAGAAAAAAGCAGUGUCCUAAAAGAUAUCCUGCAUUUGAUGGUAGAAAAAAUGCAUAUAGUGCAAAACUUCUUCCUUUUGGUGAUAAAAGUAAAGAAGAAGAAAUAAACGUUUUUGAUGUUAAUACAAGAAAAGAAAGAAAUUUCAAAAUAUAUUUAAAUAAAGUUGCAUGUCUUGAUUUAUCAUGGUUAACAAAUCUAAAAUGUGAUAUGAUGGAUUCUGAAAGGAAUCAAAAAUGUAUACAAGCAUUAGAUAUUAUUUUACGUCAUGGACCUGCAUACCAAUAUACAGUGGUUGGCAGAUCACUUUUUCAACCACCAGAACCAGGAAGGAUUGUAUCAUUAUCAAAUGGAUUAGAUUUAUGGGUUGGUGUAUUUCAAUCUGUUGUAAUUGGAUCUAAACCAUAUUUGAAUAUAGAUGUUGCACAUAAAGGAUUUCCUAAAAGUCAAUCAGUUAUUGAGUUAAUGAAAGAACUAUGUAAUGUACAGGAUUUAACUCCAAAAAAUAUAGAAUAUAAUCUUGUUAAUAUAAAUAAAUUUUUAAAAGGAUUAAAAAUUCAAUAUGAAUUACCUGGACAACCUACUUCUAAAAGAACUUAUCGUGUAAAUAAAUUAGUUGAUUCUGCAAGAGAAAAUAAAUUUCGUUUGGAAGAUCAAACUUUAUGUUCGGUUGAAAAAUAUUUUUUGCAAAUUAAAAAAUAUACAAUAAAAUAUCCCAAUUUGCCAUGUCUUUGGGUAGGAUCUCAAAAAAAUUCCAUUUAUUUACCUGCUGAGUUAUGCACAGUAAUUGCCGGACAAGUCAUAAACAAAGAAAUGAAUAAAAUUCAAACUUCUAAGAUGGUUCGUGAAACAGCAACUAAUACACAAAAACGUAAAGAAAAAAUUAUGAAUGGUUUUGCUAAGAUGAAUUUAAAUCAGCAGCCAACUUUAAUGAAUGAAUUUCAUUUUUCUGUAAAUACAGAAUUUGAAAAAGUACCAGCAAGAGUUCUAAAGGCUCCAAAAUUACAGUAUAAAGAAAAAGAAAUUACUGUAAGUAAAGGAACAUGGAAAGCAGACAAAUUUUUUAGUCCUUGUGUUUUACCAAAGAAUUUAUGGACUAUUUUAAACUUAGAUAAAUUCGUCAAUGCUCAUGAUUUAUAUAAUUUACAUAAUAAACUACUGCAUAGUGGUAAAUUCUUGAACAUGAAAAUUGAAGAAGCACAAACUCCAUUUACAAAUUUAACUAUUCAAACAAAUAUUAAUAAUAUUAUCGAAUAUUUUAAAGAUAAAAAGAAACAAAAUAUAUUACUUGUAGUAGUGAUACUUCCAAAUUUAGAUAAUGCAUAUAGUAUUGUAAAGCAAAUUUCUGAACUUCAAAUACAUGAAGGUAUCGUAACUCAAUGUAUAAAAAAUCAAACUUUAAAAAAAUUAAAUGACUCAACAAUUGGGAAUAUUCUGUUAAAAAUUAAUUCAAAGCUUAAUGGUAUUAAUCAUAUUAUUACUCCUACUAAUCGUCCAAAUUGUUUAUAUCAGCCAUGUAUGAUAAUUGGUGCAGACGUGACUCAUCCAUCACCUGAUGCUACAAACAUACCAUCAAUUGCAGCUGUAGCAGCAAGUCACGAUCCAAAUGCUUUUAAAUAUAAUGUUGAAAUAAGACUUCAAUCACCGAGAGAAGAAAUAAUUCAAGAUUUGGAAGAAAUUAUGAUCAUUCAGUUGAAAUACUUUUAUGUAACAACAGGACAAAAACCUCAAAAAUUAAUUUUUUAUCGAGAUGGAGUAAGUGAAGGAGAACUUGUAAAAAUAAUGCAUAAAGAAUUAUCUGCAAUAAAAAGAGCUAUUGCGCGCUUAGAGAAAUCUAAUGAAUUAAGAAUUCCAAUCACAUUUCUUGUAGUUCAAAAACGACAUCAUGUACGCUUUUUUCCAACUGAUGCAAAAAAUUCUGAUGAUAAAAAUUUUAAUGUACAGGCGGGCACCAUUGUUGAUACUGAAAUUACGCAUCCAACUCAUAUAGAUUUUUAUCUUGUAUCUCAUGCUAGCAUACAAGGUACUGCUAGACCUACAAAAUAUAGAUGUAUAUGCAAUGAAAAUCAAAUGCCUGAAAAUGAAAUUGAAGAACUUACAUAUUAUCUUUGUCAUAUGUUUGCACGUUGUACAAGAUCUGUUAGUUAUCCUGCACCUACAUAUUAUGCUCAUUUAGCUGCUUUUAGAGCAAGAGCAUUAAUACACAAUAUUCCAUUAAAUAUAGAUAAUCUGCAAGAGGAACAGCGGAAAAAAAUGACCUUAAGAAUAAAUAAAAGUUCACCUAUGUUUUUUGUAUAAAAUAAAUAUAUUAUUUUAAUAUGUA